AUAAUGAAACAACAUAGUGGGGAGGGAAGCAUUAGGGGAGCCCGGGGCGGCUGGGAGGAGGAGGAGGCGGCGGGGCAGCCGUGCCCCCCGCCCCGGCCCGCCCUUGCCCCGACUCCGGCCCGCCCCGCAGCUCCUCUCCGCGCUGCCUGCACCUGUCUCAGCGCCUGGGAGCUCGGUGGAAGCUCGGCAGAUGUGGCAACCCCCGCUGAUGGGGCUGCGUGUGGCACCCUCCCCCGGGGAGGAGGAGAAGCCGGCGGAGUAGCGACCGCUCUUGGAGGUUUUCACAACCCUUCUGUUGUUCCUGCGCCGCUGCAGCCAAUGCGGAGACGAAUGCUGUGGUUACAAAGGCUUGCUACUUUCUCAUGCUGGAUCCCUCAAAUCCAAGAGCUACUUGGCAGUUUCCAAGGCAACCACCUGUGGAAUAAUUAAAAAGGAUGAAGUGUUACUGUGCCAGAUAGAAGGAAUUCUUGCUUGGAGAGAGUACUUCGUUUUCAUCUGUCUGGAAGAUUCAAAUGUGUUUCUGCCAGCAAAGUUAAGGAUUUGCCUUUUCUUUGUUGCAUUGCAGAAGAAGAAACAGUGACUGAGCUGUACAAGCGAUCCAGGACAAUUGAAAAAGGGCAGGUGCAGGAAGCUACUACAGGAGAGGAGGUUUACAAACUCUUGCAGAGGCUUGGAAUUACACAACAGAGCAAGAUACUUCAGAUGCUACGGAGAAGGUCCAGCCGAAAAGGUUCUGAGAACACACCUCAAGAGUGACCUGAUGCAGAAACACACAGAAAAUGGUCCAUGGUGGAGGCUGUUUUUUCCUAAGGUCAGCAAGAACCUUUCCCUUGAAACCCUCCUCGCUAUGCUGUUGCUGCUGCUGCUGCAGGUCUUGGUCAGCUGCCUCUGGCUGGGACAUGGUGAGCUGGUGACAUCCUUUGAAAGCUCAUGCCCUCAGUUUUUCUUCCGUGAAACUCCCCCAAGUGAGGCCCUGGAGCCAGAGAGCCCAGCCUGGAUCUGCCAGCGCUACAAGAACCAGUAUUACUUUGCCACCCUGUACGACAGGAGCAGACGUAUCCCUGUGUACUCUGCUUACCUCUACCAGCCUGGAUCUGGCAAGAGACCUAAGACCUGGAUGGUUGAGCCCCAGCUGUUGGGUUCAGUUUAUCCCAAAACUAUGGAAAAGGAAUGGACCCUCUUAAAAUAUUACAACAUCAGCUUAGAGCAACUCGUCAAGAGCCAGGCUGUGCUCCAAGACUACAAGAAUCUGACAGGUUUGAACCGUGGCCAUCUGAACCCCAACGGCCAUCACCAUGACUUCAGCAGCAGGAUGGCUACCUUCACCCUCACCAACAUAGUGCCCCAGGAUGAGAAACUCAACGGCGGUGCCUGGAACAACUAUGAGCAGCGAAUCAUGAUCAAAAGGACCCAGGGAUGUAACACCACCUAUGUUGUGGUGGGUGCUGUGCCUGGGAACAGCUACAUUGCCAAGGGGAGGGUUAACAAACCCAGCCACAUCUGGUCAAGUGCCUGCUGUGAGGUGGACACCAACCACAGGAAGGCUUGGGGGGUCAUUGCUGAGAAUGACAAGAAUGAGGUCCAGCUCCUCACACUAGGGGAGCUGGAGGAUGUGUUGACUGAGCUCUAUGGGAGGGAUCAGGUUUCUCUGUUUGACAGUGACUGUCCCCGGGAAUAAGUCCCACUUCACAUUCUGGGUGUAAAAGGGUUGAGAGCCUUCACCACACGUCCUGUGCAGCACCUAUCCUGCUUCUUCUCUGAUGGUUUUCCACCUCUACCUCUCAGACCACUUUCUCCUCUCAUAAAGGUGAGAAGGUGAGCAGAGCCUCCAGCUGGUUUGCUUUGCUGUCUACCCUUGGAGGGAGGAAUCCUUGCCCUGGCCAUUCUGGAGGGUCAAGUUGGAUAACAACCAAUGGGCACAGAAGUCAGAGCAUCUCAAUGAGACUAGAGGGGCUUUGCUUUAUUUUCCCCUUUUACUCCAUAGGAUUGUUUUGGCUGGAACAGGCCUUUAAGAUCAUCAAGUCCAACCAUUAAUGCACUGCCAAGUCACCACUAAACCAUAUCCCUCAGCAGGAUGUUGUUAUGCCCGUGUUCAGAUUGUGAUUUGUUCAUCUGCUUCUAGCUAUCACUGAUGAUGUGCUGCUGAACCAUCCUUCCCCUCCCCAGGAAGGGUGUGGGACUAGAAUCACAGAAUUGUUUUGCUUGGAAAAGACCUUUAAGGUCAUUGAGUCUGAUGGCUCAGCUCAGGCUGCCCAGGGAGUCUGUAGAGUCUCCAUCUCUGGAGAUGUUCUGUGGUAAAGGGUUGGACUUGAUGAUCUGUGAGGUCUCUUCCAACCCUGAUGAUACUGUGAUACUGUGAUACUCAAAAUCCGACUGAACUCAGUUCUGGACAAUCUGCUCUAGCUGAGGUUUGGACCAGAGGAACUUGUGAGGUCUGUCUCAGCCUCAACAAUGAAGUCAUUCUGUGAUACAUCCUGGGACAAGAAAAGCAAAGAGCCAUAAGGUUGCUGGGAGUCCAUAAGGUUUAUCCUACAAACACAUUCUAACCAGUAGAGCCAAUGAUGACAGCAAAGGAUAAAGGGGAAAAGGAAGGUGGAAAGAAGAAAUACCACUAAGCAUAGGAGGAGCAUCCCAGGUCUGUAAAUAAAUCUCUGUGAUACACUGAUUGGAGAAUUUCCUUCUCUGCUCUACUUCUGAACCUUUUCUGCAGAUCUAUGUGAAAUACAUUCAAAAGGUGUAAAAGUAAUUGUAUUGUGAAAUACAUUCAAAAGGUGUAAAA